AUGUGGACCUUGUCCCGACCCUGCUUGGCGGCGGUGCGCACGGCGGUGCUCUGCCAGAAGAAACAGACAGCCGCGGGGUACAUGGCGAGUGCCGGUAAGGUGGGCAACGAGGAAAAAUGGGCGCAAGCCGCCAUGGAGUACAUUCAUGAGAAGAACCACGUAAAUGAUGCGCGGAAGCGACAGCAGGACGUCGACCAGGAGCGCAGCAUCGCUAACGCAUACGACCGUUACUCCGCUGUAUCGGAAGCGAAAUUUGACGAGCGCCUUUCGCGCCUCAUCGCGCGCAUGUCCGAAGCGCUCGAGGAGAUGCGAAAUUUGGGCCUGGAGGAGGCGCUUGAGGAGGCUGUGCUGCUCAAUUCGGAGCAGCCGCCAGGCCACUACCGACGCCCUUCUCUCACCCCUCCUUUGGCGGGGUACGAGCCAGGUUUCGGCCUUGACGUGCCUCAGCUGCGCAGUCAGCAAGCCGAGUACCCGCCACUGCGCCGCCCGACGGAUUGGCUGGAGUUUGGCGAGGGUGGUGCAGAUGACUUCCCGUACGUUGACACCCACAAAAUCGAGGAUUUGACGGCAAAGCACGAGGCACAGCUGGAGGAGCAACACGGCGUGUUGCGGGAGGCUGCGCCACUGACGGGUGUGGAGGGAGAGGGAUGGGAAGCUUACGUCGCGCUGCACCGCAAGGCACUUGCCCGUCAGCACCUCAUCAUGGACCUGCAUAACGACCCUGAGCUGCGUGACAAGUACAAUGCUGACGAGGCCUUCCGUGCUGCGGAGUGGGAACGGCGGGGCAUGGGCGCCUUGAGCAUUGAGGCGCCACUGGAGCGCGAUCUGGAGCUGCACUACGCUCAGGUACCAGCCUACGAGGCGUUCCGCUCGCAUUGA